UUAAACUGUGUGUCAAUUAACAGGAUCAGGAUGUAAUCUUCUGCCUCAGCACAAGAAGGAUUUUGUCAAGGACGCUCAUUUCAUGCUGGUGGACUGCUUGCCUGAGCGGGCUCUGGAUCUCAAGCAGAAGUAACUCACUUGUUAAAACAUCAGGAGCCGCAAUGUUUAGCUGGAUUGAGAAAGUCAUCCCGCAGCCUCCUGACACACCAAGAAAAACAUCUGCUGAGGCCCAGGAGGGCUGCCAUGCCAAGAGUGAUGAGAAGGAGACAUGUGUGAUGAAUGAGGCUGACAACCCUCCAGCAGUAGUAAAGACUCAAGAGGAGGAACAAGAGUCUGACAAAGGGGCUGCAGGAGUACUAACCUGGCUGUCCCAGGGUUUAGGAAGAGUAAUCCCUCAACCUGUUGAGAGCCCAACACUUACACGUCCAAAUAAUGAGAGUACAGUGCCAGCAGUAGUGGAGCAGAAAGAGGUAAAAUUAAGUGAGACAGUGGAAAAGCAGACUGAGAUCAAACUUACAGACCACACAGAUAGUGUUCCCACCGGGGUCCUUUCCUGGUUGUCUCAGGGCUUGGAAAAAGUGGUUCCUCAACCCUCAUUGGCACCAAAGUCAGGGAUCAGUGGAGGAACGGAGGGUGGUGCAGUAAUUGUAGAACCGGCACCACUACGGGAAGAAAAAAACAUAGUUGUAGAAGAGGUAAAGGUUUCUCCUCCAACACCAGUACAUACUCCUGCCCCAGCUCCAGUGCCAGAGUCCCAACCAAUCAUUAUUGAGGUGCAGCCAGUAAUCAGCUCAGAACCAGAGGUCUCAUCAACAGACAAAGGCAGGUCAGGAGCUGGAGUCAUGGGGUGGCUCAUGCAGGGCCUGGGGAAAGUAGUACCACAGCCAGAGCAUGUUGCUCCACCAGCUACUAAAGUAGAGGAAGAGAAACCCGAGGAAGAAGAAAAGCCUGCACAAUUGCCCCAGAAAGACACCAAAAGAAGCAGUGACACAGGGGUUUUCAGAUGGAUUACACAAGGUAUAGAGAAGGUUAUUCCCCAACCAUCUGUCAUAGCAAAGCAGGAUUCUCAGACCAUCACCCUAUGCCCAGUGGAGGAAAUUUGUAUCCUGCCUCCCAGCCCUGAUGAUAAUCUGCUUGUGGAAGACUUAGAAGAUGUGGAUAGCCAUGCAGAUGAAACAGGACAGUGCACAGCUCCAGCACUAAUGGAUACUGAAGAGGAAGUCAAGCAAGAAUUAGAAAGCAAAGGUCUUGUCACAGAGGCGGAAGUGCCGCACAUAGAAACAGGUGGUUCCCAGGAAGUGAUGCAAUAUGAGGACCUGACAUGUGACUCUGCCCUAACCAACCUCCCAAAAUCUGAAGACCAAAAAGAGCCAAAAGGGGUAGAGAAGGAAGCAGUGGAAUCUGAAAAUGAGUGCCUCUCCUGGAUCACAGAAGAAGAUGAAGAUGAGGCCGAGCUGCAAGUAUCAUAUUAUGACAGUGAAAGUGAAGAACAAAUCAAGGUGUCACACAAGGUGAUUUUGGCAGAUCCACCCGAAUACCUGGACACUUCAGUUCUUGUAGCUACUCAAGCUGGAGUGGAGGAGUGCAAUUAUUUAAAGCAGGUUUCGGAGCAGACUUUAAGCCCCUUGUCAUUGCCAGAACCUGAUGGAAGAUUCUUUACACAUCCAGCAGUCAGUAUUGAAGAUGUGGACUCUGGUAGUAUAACAGAUGCUCUGGAACAUGAAGACCUUGUGAGGCCUCCAGUGUCACCAUGUAGACAUAGGACUCUUAUAGUGCCUGUCACAUCUUUGCCUGCUAAAAGUACAAAGAGGACACAGUCCCAAGAAGACAAUAUGGAGGGUAUAUCUGAUGCUGCAUCAGAGGAUGAAGAAGUUAUGGAGAGAUCUGCUUCAGCAAUCAGUCACAGCAGCGCAAAAAUAACAGAGCGCCUGCAGGAACUGGUUCGCAUGUUCAAGGACCGGACAGAACGCGUUAAGGAGAAACUGAUUGACCCUGAACUGUCCUCCGAAGAUGAAAGUCCAUCUGUCUCUCCCUCCAAAAAAAGUGCACCGUCCCCUCCUCCUCCUCCUCCUCCACCCCCUCCAGCCGAAGAGAAGAAAGAUGAUGUUGAAGUCCCAGCAGAAGAGGAGCAUUAUUGUGAAAUGCUAUGUUGCAAGUUUAAAACCAGGCCCUGGCGUGACCGUCUCCUGAAACUCAAAUUUCCAUCCAGCAUCGACCCUCUGACUAAUGUUAUGUAUGUGUUGUGGCUAUUUUUUGUCGUAUUGGCAUGGAAUUGGAACUGCUGGCUAAUCCCUGUACGCUGGGCUUUUCCAUACCAAACAUCCAGCAACAUCCAUUACUGGCUGCUCAUGGAUUACCUGUGCGACCUUAUCUACCUGCUAGAUAUUACCCUGUUCCAGGCCAGGCUACAGUUUGUCCGAGGAGGAGACAUCAUUACAGAUAAGAAACAAAUGCGAGAGCAUUACUUCAAGACUGAUCGGUUUAAGAUGGAUCUCAUUUCUCUUCUCCCAUUGGAUGUUCUUUAUUUGAAAUUUGGCGUCAAGUCUUUAUUGAGAUUGCCACGUAUUUUAAAGUACAUGGCUUUCUUUGAAUUUAACAGUCGACUGGAAGCCAUCCUGAGCAAGGCUUACAUCUACAGGGUGAUUCGAACCACUGCUUACCUUCUCUACUGCCUGCAUAUGAAUGCCUGUCUAUACUACUGGGCCUCUGACUAUGAGGGUAUAAAAUCCACCCCAUGGGUUUUUGAUGGUGAAGGGAACAGUUAUAUCCGUUGUUACUACUGGGCUGUAAAGACUUUGAUAACCAUUGGAGGACUUCCUGACCCAGACACACUUUUUGAACUCUGGUUUCAGCUGCUAAAUUACUUCAUGGGUGUGUUUGCCUUUUCCGUCAUGAUUGGUCAGAUGAGAGAUGUGGUUGGGGCAGCGACAGCAGGACAGACAUAUUACCGCAGCUGUAUGGACAGUACCAUCAAAUACAUGAACUGCUACAAGAUCCCUCGACCUGUACAAAAUCGUGUCAAGAUGUGGUAUGAAUACACAUGGCAAUCCCAGGGCAUGCUUGAUGAAUCAGAACUCAUGGUUCAGCUUCCUGAUAAGAUGAGAUUGGACCUCGCUAUAGAUGUCAAUUACAGUAUUGUGAGCAAAGUAGUUCUAUUUCAGGGGUGUGACAGGCAGAUGAUUUAUGAUAUGCUGAAGAGACUGCGCUCUGUGGUUUACUUACCCGGAGAUUAUGUCUGCAAAAAGGGAGAAAUUGGUCGGGAAAUGUAUAUUAUCAAAGCUGGAGAAGUCCAUGUACUAGGAGGCCCUGAUGGCAAAACUGUACUAGUCGCUUUAAAAGCUGGGUCUGUUUUUGGAGAAAUCAGUCUUCUGGCUGUGGGAGGUGGAAACAGACGGACAGCAAAUGUUGUUGCUCAUGGAUUUACCAACCUUUUCAUUCUGGAUAAAAAAGACCUGAAUGAAAUUUUACUUCAUUAUCCUGAAUCCCAGAAGCUCCUUCGCCAAAAAGCAAAAAAAAUGUUGAAGAAUAGCAACAAACCAAAAGGUGAGGCUGGUCAGGGAAAAGGAUUGCAGCAUAUCAUCCCUGAAAGGCCAGAGACCCCAAAACUCCUGAAGGCUGCAGUUGCCACCACUGAAAAAAUGGGUUUCAAGGGAUUUUCCAAACUAAGGCGCAGGAUGAAAGUGAUGCAAACGAUAGAGCCCACCACAGCCAAUCCUGUUCCACCCGGGACACCCAUGCACAGGCGAACCCCAGUUCCUCAGAUCAAGCCUGUUGAUGACGACUCUACUGAAAUUGUAUCUGAGUCUGCAGACAACACAGUGUUUAUUCGUGUCAGCCCAUCACCUCGGGGUGAUGAACAAAUCCUUUCUGUGGAAGUGAUAGCCCCAGAGGAUGAAGCUAAAUAAAGAGAACAAAGAAGUCAAUAGGAAUGAAUGUUGGGGUAGCCCUCUGCUCUACUCAAUAAACCCUUGCUCACAAA